AUGGUCCCGCCUCUACUCAGUAUACGCUCCCCAAGACUGCUCCUUACCCUAGCGUCUGCCGUAUCCCAGCAUGUGCCGUCUCUCCACCCCUCCCCAGGCCACCCAAACUCCGGGCUCGACGCAGCCCGCACGUCAACCCACACGUUCCACCGGCGCGAGGAACACCACGACACGGAAUUCAUCGUUUUCGCAUGCCUCAUCCCCAUCCUUGUCCUCAUGUCGGGUGUGUUUGCCGGUCUGACGCUGGGCUACAUGAGCCUCGACGAGACGCAACUGAACGUCCUGAGCGUCAGCGGCACCCCUCAGCAAAAGCUCUACGCUAACAAGAUCAAGCCCAUCCGCAAGAACGGGCACCUGCUGCUCGUCACGCUCCUGCUCGCGAACAUGAUCGUCAACGAGACGCUGCCCGUUAUCUCCGACCCCGUCCUCGGUGGCGGCGUGCAGAGCGUCGUGGCCAGCACGGUCCUCAUCGUCAUCUUUGCGGAGAUCAUCCCGCAAUCGCUCUGUACGCGAUAUGGCCUCUACUUCGGCGCCAAGAUGGCAGGAUUCGUCCACGUUCUCAUAUGGACCUUGGGCAUUGUCGCAUGGCCCGUCGCCAAACUUCUCGAGUUCGCGCUCGGGCCGCACCAUGGUAUCAUCUACCGUCGGGCGGAGCUCAAGGAGCUUAUCGCCAUGCACUCCAAUGGCGGAGAGUUGGGUGGUGACCUGAAGACAGACACCAUCACCAUUAUCGGCGGCGCGCUUGACCUGCAAGAAAAAGUCGUAAAGCAGGCCAUGACGCCGAUCAAAGACGUGUUCAUGCUCAGCAUUGACGCGAAGCUCGAUUACGAGACACUUCGCAAGGUGUGCCUGACCGGACACUCCCGCAUACCCGUGUACGAAGAGGUCGAGAUCUCCGUUCCGACGAACGUGGUUGCUUGCGUCAUGGACGACACCGAGUUCAUUGAUGACGCGUCGGCCUCGCGUCUCAGUCUCGAUGGACGGAGGCCGCACAUGCAGAAGGUCAAGAAGAUCAUCGGCAUCUUGCUCGUCAAACAAUGCGUUUUGCUAGAUCCGAAAGAUGCUACCCCUGUGCGGAAGAUUCCCCUCAACAAGGUGCCCUUCGUGCCGAACAACGAGCCGCUCCUAGGCAUCCUCGACAAGUUCCAAGAGGGCCGUUCGCAUAUGGCCAUCGUGUCUCGCUUCAGCGUCGAGCGCGCCGCGAGCGUCAAGAAGGCGGUCAAACGCGGCCUCACGCAGCGUCUCCGGGACCGUGUGCUCCUCGGAGACAGCGAUUCAAGCUCGAGCUCCGACGAGGAGGGCCCUUCAUUCCAGAUGAAAAAGCGCACGAAGAGGUUCAAACGGACUACGAGCAGCGAUAACGAUGAAACGCUUCGUGAGCACUCUGGCGACCCCGAAGAGGAGACUCGAUCGACGAAGAAGCGCGAGCGUCGCGGGCGGAAGAAGCUUGUGGACAUCGAGAUGGGCGUCGUGGAGGACGAGGCGGCGGCGAAGAAGCCCUCCUUGGGUCUCCCCAAGGUCGGCGGUUGGAGUCGCUGGGAGCAGAGCAUGCCUGCCGACGCCGUCUUGACCAAGGAGGGCGUUGCGGAGUUCCUGCAGAGCGUCGAUCCAGCCAUCAUGCCUCUCGGUAUCAUCACGUUAGAGGAUGUGUUGGAAGAGCUCAUUGGCGAGGAGAUAUACGACGAGUUCGACCCUCAAGGCCAUCCCGACCUCACCUCUUACGCGACAACUGAAGCGAAAGUAACGCCAAUGCUCAAACGUACUGGCUCCGCUCCCCAGCUCGCCGGCUCAGAUAGCAGUGGAGCCACCGCCGUUGCCAAACCAAUCCCUGUCAAACCGCUCACAAUCCCGGCGCUACGCAACCUUUCACUCAAAGUCCCGGGCUUCCAGCGUCCCAAGAGUGCCCCACCCGUCCCACGCGACGCGAUCGCUGUCACCGAGAAGGACAAAGAGAAGGUCGACGUCACAGCGGCGUCGGUCUCAGACGGCACCACCAGUCCCCCGGUCCAGACGACGGUGGUAGAAGCUGUCGCUUCGACGGACGAGGUCGUGACGCCCGUCGCGCCCGCCGUCCCCGUUGUGUCCAUCGAGCCUGAGACGCCUGGCACUCCAACGGCCCCAGUCCCGGUCCCAGCUGCACCGGUCACCGUCGUCCGCGCGCGCUCGACGCACGGCUCCGGUCUCUUCCCCCUCACGCCCAUCUCGCCCGGUGUGGCGCCGGGUGCCGGCCCCAAUCCCCCGUCGCGCAGCGCGUCGCCCGCGCCGUCGCUCGAGCAGGCGAUCAUGGUGGAGCGCAAGCGGCGCGCGGCGAGCUCGUCGGGCGCGCAGGCGCAGAUCAAAGGCGGCUGGUUCAAGAGCAGCCCGCUCAACGGAGAGCGGCACGGAGUUAUCGUCGCCGAACGGGUUAAGAGGGAGCGCGGUCGGAGCGUAGGGCGCGAAGGAGCGGAGGAGAGCGGGGAGGCGAGGUCUGCGCAGAGCGAAGAGUGA